ACCACAGAGAUGCGCCGGAGUAAAAAUAAACAGUUCAUUGUGGGUCAUGUGGAUGCUAACAAAUUAGCCUCGACAAACUGCGAAAAACGACAUGACAACUGCAGAAUCUGUGAUGUUUAUAUGUCAGACGGGUAGUGGAAUACAUAAAACAUGAGUAAAUGUGAUACAACGUGUUAGAAAGAAUUUGAGGGUAAGAAUUUUGAGCUAAUGACUAAUCGUGAAUGAAACUUAUCAAGAACUGUCACCUUCCUGGAUCUCUUUCGAAAGGGGCAAAUAGUGAAGUGAAUCAACUUUUCUUCAUCAUCUCAAAGUCAAUAUUACAAAUGAGAUACAAAGGGGUCCAGUUGUGCGUUUUGUCCCGUGGUUUCUCUGUGAACGGGUCCAGGCCAGUCCUCGCUCCUGUGAUCCGGUUCUACAGCGAUGUCCCAAACCUGAAACCUCCAGAGGGAAAUGACCGAAGAGGAGCCGAGGCAGUCAAAGAGAAGGCCCUCACCACUCUGCAGAAUGCAGCAGCGUUGGGUCGGCAAUGGGCUCAGAGCUCCUCUCAGGUGCUCAGCUCUUCUCUGAACUCAUGGUGGAGUCGAUAUGAAGAGUUUGUGGGAAUCAACGAGGUCCGAGAGGCACAGACCAAAGUCACACAGGCUGAGGCAGACUUCAUGGUGUCCCGGUCGAUGGUGCGAGAGGCUCAUGUGAAUGUGGAUGCGCUGCAGCUCAGACUGAAGGAGGUCAGAGAGAGACUGGAGCGAGUGUCCAGGGAAGAGCCACACUAUCUGGAGCUGGCCACCAUAGAACACAAACUAUUGCAGGAGGAUCGUCGAUUGCGCUCGGCCUAUGAACUCGCGGAGGGCUCAGAGAGGGAGAAGUUUGCCUUGUUUUCUGCUGCGGUGAGAGAGAGUCAUGAGAAGGAGCGCACCAGAGCUGAACGAACCAAGAACUGGUCAGUGAUUGGCUCUGUGCUCGGGGCCAUCAUUGGGGUCAUGGGGUCCACUUAUGUCAACAGGGUCAGACUACAGGAACUUAAGAGUUUGUUACUUGAAGCUCAGAAGGGACCAGAAAACCUACAAGAAGCUUUACGUGUCCAGGCUACCAACCACCGAACACAACAAGAUGAACUGGGGUCACUUAUCAACCAAAUGAGGCUUGCUCUGCACAACUUCACAACCAAUGAUAAAACUGCUGAAAUUGCUCCUCAAAUUCAACCCAAUCCUCUAUCUGUAAACUUUGAUUCUGCAUUGGGAAAUCUCCGAGAGGGACAGCAAAUUAUUCAAAAUGUUUUAAACAGACUAAAACUUAACUUUGAGUCUGUGCAAAAUGAUGUAUCAGUAGUAAAAAGCAUAGUAACUGAACAUAAAGUUGUUGCAAAGCCGGAAAAGACUAAGACAGUUGAAAUAUUAACUGGAGAACCACUGAAAGAAGAGAUUUUGGUGAGAAGUUUUGAGGAAUCUCAGAGAAACUUGUGUGUGAGAAUAAGGGACAGUGUGGUGUACAAUGCAGUGGUGGUUUAUACAGCCAGUGCCUUAACAAUAUCUGUGCUGUACCUGCUAUUGAGAGGAGCCACACCAUAAAGAUACAUAGACCAGUACUGAAUCAGAACUAGACCAGGACUAGACCAGAAUAAGACCAGGACUAAACUGGCUGUAGGAUAGAUUCGGACAACAGGACUAAGCCUACAUCAUGACAAAAAUAGGACCAAGUUGAGAUCAAACAAGGGGCUUAACCUUUCUUGCCAAACCAGUCCCUGUAAAGUUUUUGGGCUACACUAGGUUUCAGCUGGACUAAACCUGAAGAUGCAUUCAGAAAUAAAUUAAGAUUAAAAGAUUAAUUGAGUAACUGAUCAUUUGUAGUGGUCUAUUACCAGAUUUAAAUAUUAAAUAGAUUUAUAUGCUGGAGAGUUC